GUUUCUCGCCCUAUCACUGGUCACUCCCUCCUCUGUGCUGUCAGCAGCUCUCUGCGCGGUUCAAACUUCUCCCUGAACAAGUUUCCUCUCCUUUACCCUUCUUUAUUUCCCACCUUGUUCGGUUUUCUUAAACAACAACCCGUUUUUAUAAGUUAUUAUCUGUGUCACGGCGUUGUCCGAGCGGGGCGAAGAGGAGUAUUUUUGUCCGCCUUCAGUUGGAAGAACAGCGGGGACGAAGAGGAGGAGGGGGGGAAAUGACCAGCUGAGGUCUGGAAAUCUUGAAAACCGCUGGGCUUGUUUGGUUUGUUUUUAAAUAAUUAAUCAAUGCUGCCGCCAUGGCGCUAAAGGCACAGGUUUUAUACGACUUCACAGCUGAGCCUGGAAACAAUGAGCUGACAGUGAGAGAAGGUGAGACCGUCACCAUCACCAACCAGAGCAUCGGAGGUGGCUGGAUUGAAGCACAGAACUCAAAAGGGCAGGUUGGACUGGUGCCUGAAGAUUACAUUGAGCUCAAUAAGCAGUUUCCUGCAUUCCAAGGAGCGGGAACCGCCGCACCUACUCCCAGUGUAGGAAACAUAGCAUCGCAGGAUCUAUCCAUCUUCGAUGCAUUUGCACCUGCGUCAACGCCCGCCCAAAACCAGGUGGAUGCUGGGGCCUUGAGUGCCCUGCCGGACUCCCCCGACACCCCACUUUCCCCCUUUCUCUCGUCCCCUGAGGAGGCCAGCAAUGGCAAUGAUCCCUGGUCGGUGUGGAAUGCAGAUUCAUCAGGGGGCUUCAACAACAACUGGGCGUCCAAUCCUGAGGGCACUCCCGCUGACCCCUGGGGGUCUGCAUCGCAGGGCCACCCUCAGGCGUACCAAGGCCCAGGCGCCGAGUUGGACGAGUGGGACGAUGAAUGGGAUGACAUGAAGUCCACUGGCGGUUAUGCAGAAUCCGAGUCAGGAGAAAGUGGAGCGAUACAAAGAGGAGGAACAUCGAUGAAAAUAUCCCUCAAUAAGUUUCCAGGUUUCUCCAAGUCGGGUCCUGAGCUCUACCUUCUCUGCAAGCAGCUUCCAAAAGAAAAAGAGAAAUUGACAAUAUAUAUGGGAGAGGUCGGCCCAGUGUGGUCCUACCCCGACACCCAGCUGGACUGUGUCGUAGCUGAUCCCAAAAAAGGCUCAAAGAUGUACGGCCUCAAGAGCUACAUCGAGUACCAAAUCACCGCCAGUACCACAAAUCGUCCCGUCAAUCAUAGAUACAAGCACUUUGAUUGGCUGUAUGAGAGGCUCCUGGACAAGUUUGGGUCAGCCAUCCCCAUCCCGUCCUUACCGGACAAGCAGGUGACAGGUCGUUUUGAAGAAGAGUUUAUUAAGAUGCGUAUGGAGCGGUUGCAGGGUUGGAUGACCAGGAUGUGCAGACACCCGAUUAUUUCUAGCAGCGAAGUAUUCCAGCUCUUCCUCACGUACAAGGAUGAGAAGGACUGGAAGACGGGCAAGAGAAAAGCAGAGAAGGAUGAGACGGUUGGAGUGAUGAUCUUUAGCACGAUAGAGCCUGAAGCUCCAGACCUGGAUCCUCUAGAUGUGGAGAAGAAAUGUGAACAGUUCAGCCGGUUUACCAAAGCCAUGGAUGACAGCGUGAAGGAGAUCCUGACGGUGGGACAAGAGCACUGGAAGAGAUGCACAGGACCUUUGCCAAAAGAAUACCAGAGAAUAGGAAAAGCCUUCCAAAACAUGUCUACUGUCUUCACCAGCAGUGGAUACCAAGGUGAGUCCACUCUCACUGACGCCUUGACGGCGGCGGGGAAAACGUACGAGGAGAUCGCCCAGUUGGUGGCAGAACAGCCAAAGAAAGACCUUCACUUCCUCAUGGAGACCAACAAUGAGUACAAAGGUCUUCUAGGAUGUUUCCCAGACACCAUCGCAGUUCAUAAGGCUGCGAUCGAGAAGGUGAAGGAGGGGGACAAGCUGGUGGGCACCAAUAAAAUCACCGCUCAGGAAAAAGGCACCAUGGCCAAACGUCUCAGCACCAUGUCUUACGCCUUACAAGCUGAGAUGAACCACUUCCAUAACAACCGAAUCUACGACUACAACAGGGUCAUGCAGUUGUACCUGGAGGAGCAAGUCACGUUUUACGAGACAGUAAAGGCCUCAAAAGGUAGAUUUGAAUGUGUUGAAGUAAACUUUAUGGCUGAAACGUUUCUUUUGGGACUCCGCAGAUCGCUGCCAAGCUGAGACAAGCACACAGCCAGUUCACUACGAUGUGAGCGGCGGCUCACUACAGGACUAAACCGCCCCGAUGGCGUCUGCUCCUUUACUCAUCUUUUCCUGCUUGUGCCAACCGUCGCGCCUCUUCCUGUUGCUUCCCACCGCCGCUCUUACACGAUGAUUGGCUGGAGGAUUGUACAUAAACCCUUUGUUCCGGUUCAUCUUCCUCAGCUUGUAACACAGGAAGUCAUCGUCCUUGUAAACUGUGAUAUUAGAAUCUAAUAGACGAGUUUUAGGGUGAAAACGUCACACCUGACCCUGCUGAAGGAAUGCUAGGCUCUUUUCAGGUAUACAGGAAACGGCAUCUGUCUGCAAAACCUGGUUAAAUGACUUUCUGAUCCCAAAGCUGUUUUCUGAUUUCUCACUGGAGACGACAAAGAAGUUCAUUAAUGUUCAUAAAGCCUGAGUCAACGACGUUUCUUUAUGAAUUCAGACAAAAGCAAAUUAUUGUCCUUUUCAUGUCCACUGCUGGCAGUGCCUUACCCCCUUUUCCCCUCUCGUGUUUCCUCAAAAGCUAACAGGAAACUCCACCUUCUUCCCGCUUUACUUGAAUGGUCUUCCUCCACUUUAAGAAGUGCUCCUAUUAGCUCCAGCCCCUUACUUGUAUCUACAACCACACAGAGUUUCUCUCAUUAUGACAGAAGAAAAUGUGAAAUAAGAACUAGAAUCGUUGUUUGAGGUAAAAGUGUCGACAAUGAUGCCACUUUCUUGCUUUUUGCAUUUUCAAUUGGCUUCUAAUUUUUGUUUUCUUAUUGCUUCAUACAUUUAAAUAUAUAUGCAUAAAUUUAUAUAAAUAUGUAUUCUAAUUGAGCUGUCAGGUGCCUGUUUUUGUCAUUACAAUAUUUUAUGUAUAGAAAUAUAGUGUCAUUGAAUAAGGAGCAACAGUUGAUUUGUUAAACAAUGAUUUGUAUUCACUGGGAUGUCCUCACUGGGGCUGAGUCUAGUUUUGGACGUGGCUCAGAAUAAAAAUCAGUUUGUUGUACAAAGA